AUGGACGAGGAGCGUCUCGCGGGCGGUGGUCCGGGUUCAACUACUCCAGGCAGUGGAUUAAGCUCCUCGCCGAAGAGACAAUACCUCGAGUCCUCGGUGUACAGGCUGGCGGGCGCCGAGGAAACGAAAGCGAGCAAGGAGUAUCACCAGCAUCAGCAGCAGGGCGACCGGUUGGUGGGACGUCGUGAUUCGAAAGCAAGCACAGUGGCUGCUAACGUCGGAGAAACGGACACGGACACGGCCACGACGAAUGUGACCAACAACUUUGAGUACGACGACAAUGAAUGGGACAUUGGCAUAGGCGAUCUGAUAAUCGACCUCGAUGCUGACAUAGAGAAGACGAGGGACGAGAAAUUGAGCUCGGGAAACGGGAUGGCUUCAACGCCUGCCUCGGCAGCAGCCACGAAUAAUCAGAACCAGAGUCACCAGAGUCACCAGUUACAGAGUAACCAGCACCAGGUUAACAACGUUGUUCCCCACCAGAAUUCUUUGCCUUUGUCGACGAGUUCUGUUAACGCGGUUCACAUUAACUCCGGCAAUCCCGGAAAAAUGGCUGUUGAACACUCGGCCACCGUAGACAAAGGCCUCAAGAUGAAGAUCAAGCGAACCAAAACAGGAACCAAGACCAGCGAGACUAAGCACGAAAUUGUCAAGUCCAACGAAAUUAACGGAACCAGUUCCAACCAGGACGGGAACGGUAACUCCACCUCGUCCAACUCUUCGACGUCUUCCUCGGGCUCUUCGACGUCCUCGAGCUCCUCGACCAGUUCUCAGAACUCGGAUGUUCCUACGGGGAACUCCUCUUCCUCCUCUAAUAAGUCCAAGCCACAUUCCCCGGCUUCCGGACCGCCCGCAUCCUCCACGGUGGGUUCCAAAAGAGGCUCCAGUGGUCAUAGGAGGGACAAAGCCAGGGACAAGCACGAAAAGCCCCAGAGCAAUAGUCACGGGCCCCAGCAGAACAGUAAGCCCGAGAUGAACGGAACUGCCAGGCCGGUGUCUCAGGGUCAGAAUUCCACGGGCGCUGGCGCCCAGUCGCAGGGUCCUACUCCCGCAGCGACUGCUCCUCAGCAACCUCAGGGUCCACCACCCAGUUCUAGAACUGGGUUCCCAGGAGCUCAAGGUGUUGGUCCUCCCGCGACCAGCGCUGCUGCUCCAUGUCCUCCUCCUAGUCCAGCUUCGGCGACUGCUGCUGGUUCCGCCGCGAAACCAGAGCAGACCAAAGUCGCUGCUGUUCCUGGGCCUACUUUAAACACGAGUGUUGACGAGGCUAUGGACACGGCUGCGUGUAGUUCGCCGCCUAUGAAGAAGAUGAAGACGUCUAAUUCUGAGCCAAAGCGGAUACAUACACACACUUCCACAUUGAGCCAAGUAAAAUUGGGUGGCGAGGGAAAAGGCAGCAGCAGGAGCAAUAGCAGCAGAAAUAGUGGAGCUGCAAGGGAAGUUCGGGGCAGCCGAGUCGAGGGGUUGAAAUCAAUACUCUGCGGUCUCCGCCCCCGCGAAUACAGGAAUGAAUACACGAGCAAACACGAGGGCGAGACUACACCAAAGUCCAGGGGGUGGAAAUUUCCUCCCCUUCCCUCUUCAUUCUUCCCGAGCUACUCCAGACGGGUGGGUUGGAUGCUUUUGCCUUUUCACUCUUACUUUGCUACUUGUCAGAGUUUUGUCGUCGUAGUCGGCAGUAACAGCCCCUUUACUUUCGACGAGGGUUCCCGUGCCGAUUACAGUAAUUAA